GGAAAGCGUGAUGUGAUUAGAUAAAAAAACAGGUCAAACAAGCAACUAAACAAAAUUGUAAUUCUCGGUUUAUAACGACUUGCUAUAUUUUUAUUUUUGAUGGUUAACUAUGUAUAGUUUUUAAUUUUGGUAGUUGUUAAACCGCACGCCAUUUUUUUUUAUCUCAAAUUAAAACUAAUUCCAUAAAAAUGUUAAUACCCAAAUGUUUCACAAGGAGUUGCUUUGAAGUCAAUUUAAUAUAUUAAAAGUUAAAAUUAUGUCAUGGUCAAGAGUGGUAUGGAAGGAGUCAUUAAGGGAAGAAGAAAUGACCAUUCCUACCACCUGGAUUAUAGAAAACAAUGUUUGUUGGCCAAUAGGCAUUAAUGUUGUUCGAGCUUGUUUGCAGCAAUGGCCACCGAAGGACGACUGGAUCAAAUAUCCAAUUAUAAAAGUUAAGAUUCAAUCAGAUGACAAAAGUUUAUGUGAUGGCUUUGAUUUCACAUCUGACGAAGAAAAUGAAGAGUUGCAUAAUCUAAAAAAGCGCAAAAUUCCAAUUGCUGCUAAAAGAAAAUGUGUUUCUCCUAUUGCACAAUCACAAUACCAACAACCGUUUAAAACUCCUAUUGCUUUGAUUCAUUCUUUGUCCCCAACUGCAUCACAAUCCUCAUUCUUUUUAUCUUCUACCAAUCAGGAAAAUACCAUUUCUCCUGUAAUUUUACACCCAAUUCAUCAACAUCCACUACAAUCAAAAAUACCUCGGAGAAUUUUAAGGACAUCCUUGUUAUCGCAGCUAAAUUCUCCAUUUAAAACAACUGUUUCAAAAAGGGAUCAGCAAGAAAGAACAAAAAAUUUGAAUAUAGCAUUAAACAAGUUUCCAUUAACUGAAGCAAGUAUGCAAGAAUUUAUAUUUAAAAGUUCUUACAUUAUGCCUAACAAUAUUGCAAUGUUGUUCUUAUAUAUGUUGAAUGUUUUUAUAUUAGUUUUAAUAAAUAUUAAUUUUUUCAUAUAUAAAGAUGAUGUAAAGCAAAAGUUUUGAAAUGACAUUUUUCUUUUAUUCUGGUUAUAUUGAUUUUUUUUUUUCAAUUCUACAGAAUUUUAGUAUAAAGUUCUUCACAAAUUAGAAGGGAUUUUACAGGAAACUAAGAAACAAGGCAACCACGAUAAGUUACCUGAUUUACCAUAUUUUAUAUAUCAAAUGUCUGAUUUGGAACAUUUUCAGGAGUUUGAUAAUGGAUUGAAUGUAAAUUGUCAAUAUACUAGUUUAAGAACCCAACUUUCCAAAAUAGGUGGUGUCACAUGCUACGCAAAUGUUAAAGCAAUUCUUUUAAAGUAUGUAUCUGGAAAAUAUUUCAUUGCUUAUUUUUCUAAUUAUAUUUUUUGUCUGCAAAAUUAUGAUCUACAUUAAAUAUAUGAAAGGAAUAACACAAGUUCAUAGCUGACAUGAUAACAUUUCUUCAGCCAGCUGUACGCUAUGAUUAUAUACUUAAACUUAUGCUAUAUAUUACUUAAUUAUUCUAUUUACUACCUAGACUAACGACAAACAAGUUAAUGUCAAAUUUUAAUUUGGAUGGUACAGGGAAGAAGAUGCCAUUUCGCAAGACAAAUUUGAUAAAGAUCAUUGUUGAGGCCAUGCCCAAGUAUACUGGAAAUGAAAUCGAAAAGUGUAUUGGUAAUGUCCUAAAAAGAGCGCCGGACAGAAAAGGCGGUGGUGGUCGUGAAAAAGAAAGCAACGACAAUGACAGUAUUCAAGACAUUUUUUAAAAUCUGUAGACUGAAAUAUUUUGUAGAUUGUGUGUACUUUUAA